AUGGAUGGGGUCAAUUAUACAAAGACUUUCUCUCCUGUCAUCAAACCUAGCACCAUUCGCAUUGUUCUUACCUUAGCUCUUUUUCAUCGUUGGGACAUUCGCCAGCUUGACGUCAAGAAUGCUUUUCUCCAUGAUGAUCUACAGGAAGAUGUUUUUAUGGAUCAACCUCCAGGGAUUCAAGUGACUCACACCUCUGAUGGGUUCAUUUUAUCUCAGGUCAAAUAUACUUUAGAUAUUUUAGAAUGUGCUCAAAUGCAAGACAAUAAGCCCAUGGGUACCCCCAUGAUGCCCAAAACAAAGGGUCUCACUAGUGACAUUCCCUACCCUGACCCUGGUCAUUAUCGUAGCAAUGUUGGUGCCCUUCAAUAUCUUAGUCUCACUUGUCCCGAGUUAGCAUUUUGUGUCAACUUUGUCUCACAAUUUACGCACUCACCCACCAUUGCUCAUUACAAAAUGAUUGGGCUAGUUGUCCUCAAACAGGUCGCUCUACAACCGGCUAUUGUGUGUUCUUGGGCAGCAACUGCAUCUCCUGGUCCACUAAGAAAUAACACACUCAAACAUAUUGAGAUUGACUACCACUAUGUACAAGAACGCGUUGCUCUUGGUCUUAUUCAAACACGGCAUAUCCCGGACUCUCUUCAACUUGCAGAUAUUUUUACCAAACCUCUUUGUUGUCAUGUCCUUUAUUCUCUACGUUCGAAGCUUGGCCUUCUACCUCAGCAUAGUUUGCGAGGGCGUAUUAAAGAUAAUCCCACAGAUCAGCAAGACCUAAUGGCUACAAUUUCCUCAAUGGAAACUAAGACUCAUUUCACCCCAACGGCUCCAACUCCCUCUAUGGAAACCGAGACUCAAGCCAACUAG